CGUUAGCACUCCGGAAUCACAAAAGCAAAAAAGCAAGCUCCAAACUGAGGUUUAAUCGAGGGUUCUAGACGUAGAUUAGAAUUCUUCGGUUUGGUUCUCAAUUCCAGAAUUUCAGUAUGUAGUAUUUUCAUAUUGAUUCUUCUUCUUGAAUCUUGACCAAGCUAUCUAUAUCGGUUUCUCUUCAAAAAGACUCUGAGAAAAGGAAGAGUGAAGUAGAGAGAAGGUCAGAAGCAUAAUCAGAAAGCUGGUUUGGUUUAAAAGAGAUGGCGGGGGGAUUUAGGAGCCUUGCACCUAAGACAAAGAAUCUGGUAGUUGCCGGGGGAUUGACGGCGUUUGUCUUCGGAGUCUAUUUCUACACCAUGAGAGCCGUCGGAGGUACAGAUGAGCUCCAAAUGGCCAUAGAUAAGUUUGAAGCGCAAAAGGGCAAGAAAGAUGCUGAAUCAAGCGCGUCAUCUUAAAGUUUGAUCACUUAUUAUUAUUAUUAUUUUUUGUUGUCGAAUAAUGCGACUGUUCUUCUCAAGGACACAUAUGAAUCAGCUUAUGUUGUCACUCUCUGUGCUAACAGUAAUGGUUGUCGCUGUUUUGUUAUCACCAUGAAAAUUGAAAAGAGAGGACGCUAACUCCAUUUUUACAA